AUUUACCAAUAAUAGUUUGCGUAAUUAUUUCUAAUAAAUUAUGAUUUAUAUUUUCAGCAUUUUAGUGUGCACAAUAUGAACACAUAUCAAUGCAUUUUUUGCUUAUUUGGUGCAGAAUCGCUCAAUCUUAUGAUCAUUCACUUAGCGAUGGAGCAUUUUGAAUACGAACCGUUAUGCUUGGAGCGAAGUCUGAUAGACAUUUUUUGCGACGACAAAAAGAUUGAAAAUCUUAUGAUUUUGAACAUUAAGAAAUCCAUACCCGCUGGUAUAAUGAAAGUUGUGGAUGCGAAACCACUAAAAAAUGUCAAUAAAAAAAAAUGUGAAACAGAUCCCGCUGACACAAUAUGUACGAAUACGGAAUCAGUUAACAUCGACAAUACUACUCAGGUCUCAAAAAGAAGUAUUAAAGAUGUGGAGCACCCAUCAAAAAACACACUAAAACCGGCCAUUGACAACAAGAAUAAUACGAUUACAUCCGAUGGAGUGAAAAGAAACGUUCUAAGAGAUGAACAACAAAUUCCAAAUGUUGAGGCAUCAAUCGUAAGUGAGAAAAAAAAAUCAUCAGUGUCAAUUUAUGAAAUUAUGAACAAUAUUGAAUUAAAAAAAAAGAUUGGAAAACCAUUUAAAGAAAAAGGUGUAAAAACCCUUUCAUCUGACGAACGAAUCGAUAAGUCCAAAAAACAUACAAAUAAGAAAUUGGAUAAUACAUGUAAAAAUGAAUGA